UGUGUCCGCAGUCUCUGGUCAUCCCCUGUAGUGUGUCCGCAGUCUCUGGUCAUCCCCUGUAGUGUGUCCGCAGUCUCUGGUCAUCCGCAGUCCUGUAGUGUGUCCGCAGUCUCUGGUCACCCCCUGUACUGUGUCCGCAGUCUCUGGUCACCCCCUGUACUGUGUCCGCAGUCUCUGGUCACCCCCUGUACUUGUGUCCGCAGUCUCUGGUCAUCCCCUGUAGUGUGUGUCCGCAGUCUCUGGUCAUCCCCUGUA